GAGAGAGGGUUCGAGAGAGAGUUCGAGAGCUACCCGUAGCUCAGAAAGAAAGGAAGUAGUUCGUUCUCUUCUUGUUCUGUUUCUCCCCUCAGAAAGAAACAAGAAGGCAAGAAAGAAGAUCUACAAUGGAAACCUCUAAAGGUUACGCUUACCGCCACCACCGUCACCUCGUCUUCCUCCUCAUAGCUUCUCUUUUCUUCUCUCAAUCUGCGGCGGCAAGGGCAACAACACCACCGAUCACUCCUCCCGAUGUCUCAAGCGACAAACAAUUUCACACCAUCAUCAACGCUCUGAUCGGUGCCCAAGACUUUCAUAGCUGGGCAAGGAUUUUUUCCAUUACCGAUCCCUCCACGUUCCCCUUCAGCGCCACCUUCUUCGUGCCAAUCAAGGACGCGGUUGAUCGUCUUUCCAACUCUCUGGGUGGUGGUGGUGGUGAUUUCGACCUACAGACGGCGUUUCUAUCCCACACGGUCCCCCAGUUCCUUACCUUCAAGGAUCUUGGAGAGUUGGCUACUGGGUUUCGAUUACCUACUCUUCUCCCGGGCAAAUACAUUGUUAUAACCAACAAUUCCACUUCCAAUUUCACCAUUGAUGACUGUUUCAUCACUCAUCCUGAUUUGAUUGUGAAUGGGGCUUUCUGUGUCCACGGGAUUGCAUCAAUCUUUAAUUUCACGGCUUACGGCACUGAGCCUGAGCCGCUGCAGAACCAGUCACCCCCCGGGUCUUCUUCUCACCCUCCGGGACAGAAAGGGUUUUCUCCGCCGGUGGGUCUUCUUCCUCAUUCUGAUGCUGCACCAUGCUCUGCUCCUCGCUUCAUUCUUUCGCUUCUUUUCUCCAUUGGGAUUUUGGGAUUGGGACCCUCUUCGCUUCGCUUUUAGCGCAGGAAUGGAUUGAAGCUGUGAUUCUCUUCUUGUAUAUAUUGAAGGAAUCGAUUGAAGCUGUAGCGCAGAGAUGGAUCAACUGAUCGAGGCUAGCUAAUUCAGAUUGGAAUUGAACUGUGUUAAGUUGUUGUCAUCGUUGAGAGAGGGUUUAUUUUUUUGGACUCCCCCUGAAGUAUUCAUUUCUUUGUGGUUUUCUUGUUUGAUGGGCUGAGGUUAAUGCUAUCAAAGGGGAUUUAAAUUUGGCUUC